AUGGCUCCUACAAAGAAAGGCGAGAAGAAAAAGGGGCGUUCUGCUAUAAACGAGGUGGUGACCCGAGAAUACACCAUUAACGUCCACAAGCGCAUCCACGGAAUUGGCUUCAAGCGGCGAGCUCCUCGUGCCAUUAAAGAAAUCCGCAAAUUUGCUGUAAAAGAAAUGGGAACUCCAGAUGUGCGGAUCGACACCCGCCUCAACAAGGCCGUGUGGAGCAAAGGCAUCAGGAACGUCCCGUACAGGAUCCGUGUGCGUUUGUCCCGGAAAAGAAACGAGGACGAGGAGUGCUGA